AUGGUGCUCAUCUCCCCAGCACGCAUAAACGACCUCCUCACAAGUCUGCUCGACAAUGACGCCGGCGCCGGCCCCCACACCGCCCUGCUCAUCACGCCGCAGGGCCAGCUAUUGAGUCACGUCACGCUGUCGUACGACGACGACGGCGACGAAGGCGCGGAGGAGGAGGAGGAGGACGCCGAGUUCACCGACGCCGAGGCGAACGGGGACGCUGCAGACGGUGACACGGAGGACGACACCGAAGAGCCAUGGCUCGAGGGACCCGAGCGCCUGCGCCUCCUCCUCGGCCUUGCGUCCCAAUGGGAGGAGGACGAGUCGCCGCGCGUCGAGUGCGAGCUCGGACGGCUCUUCCUCCGCCCCAUCCCCCUACCUGACGCUGAGCGCGCCCCGGAGACUGGCAUGCCCGUCGUCCGCCCACCACACGUCUCGUCGUUUGUGCUCGUCCUCAACGGCACCUCGUCGACUCCGUGGACUGCUCUUGCGCAGAAGGCCGACACCUUUGUGACCGAGUGGUAA